AUGAACAUUAAAAUAACAAAAUUCAUCAAUAAAUUGAAAAAAGGUUAUAAUCUUUUUUAUUAUUCAAGUCCAUUACCAGUAUUAUCUAAUGGUGAAUCAUUAAUUUUCCAUUUAAUUAAUUUAAUAAUUCUAUUUAUAAGUAUAUAUUAUACUAUAUUUUAUAUACCAAAAUUAUUAAUUCAUUCAAUGGAAAAAAUUGUUUAUUAUUUAACGGGUCAACAUAUUUAUAUUUUUGGUUUAUUACAAACUGGUUUAAAAUUAGUUAAUCAUGCUACUCAUAAUAAUAAUGUCACCACUUUUUCUUCUUCUAUUGGUUCCUUAACUAAUAAUCAUUUUUAA